AUGACUCAUGCCCUUAAAUGGGUCAGCCUUCGUCCAACGUCCCUGGACUGUAACUGGUUACGCUGCUCGGGUCUAUCGGCGACGACGACGUUAAAUCCACCCUCCCACUCCAGCAUGCCGUGGACAGCCAUGGCUGUUCUUCCGUUACUGUUCGGCCUACUACUAAGCACCGACGCCUUUUCCAGGGUCAAGAGACAAUACGGUUCACCGACGCAAUGGUCUUUCGAUCAAGGAUCAUAUCAGCAACCAUACGGAUACCGAGAAAGUUACGAAGGCUACUAUCCUCAAGCGGACUACCACAGUUAUUACACACAACGAGCAAUAAUCCCUCAUCAUGCACCCCCUUCAUGGUCUCUAGAAGGCUAUAACAGUUACUACAGCUUCAUGUACCCCUUCUCACAAUUUGGUAAUCAUUACUCUCAUCAUUCAUCAAGUUACGCUAUCAAACCCGACUUAUCUCGCGCUGGUAGUUCCUAUGCCAGACCACCCAUGAGCGGAGAAGUCACACGAGCUCCCCCAGAGCCAACCACUCAACCACCGGACGAGUAUCCGACAGGGCCUCAAAUUUGGGAAGGUGGUCCCGACGAGAAAUUCUUCGUCAAAGGAGUAUUUCCACCCUUCUCAGCCACCACUAAACCAAGCCGUGGGUCCAGUACAAAAGGAACAUCAUCGAUCAGGUAUUUCGAGGGGGAAGGGUUUGAUGAGAGUGGACCGUUUAUGAGUCAUGGCGUAGAGGUCACAGGGGAAGGUGAUCCAACAGGUUUGAUUGGGCCAUUUUUGAAGGCCGCUGUUGAGGAAGACAUUAACGAGACCGAAGGUUCCUCGUCUUCCGUUGCUCCUGAGGAAGAAAAUGGGAAGUCUUCUACAACGACAAUGAACCCUGAAGAAGAGGGCUCAGGCAACAAGCCCAUUGGCGUCAUUGAGGAAAUCACAGGGUCCACCCCAACAGAUGAUCGUAGCAGCACUCCGAAAGGAGCGGUGGAGGAGGCUACAGCUCUGUUUGUAGACAGUGACGAUCCUUCUGUUUCUAGCAGUACUGGGCCCUCAACCACCACCACCACUGAGUCGAACAGCUCAUCCAAAGCCACUGAUGCUCCCCAGGACGAGUAUGUUCCUACAGAAGUACCAGCUGCAGAAUCAUCUGAGGAACCCACCGAGUCAACGAGUUCUGAAGAUACGGUGAUCCUACGAUCGCCUCCUCUACCCAAGCAGGUUGCUGAAAAGUUGAAAGAACUUGGUUUCAGUGUUUUGAGAUUCUUCUUCUGA